GUAAACUGCUCUUGCUGUGCGCGUCGCCUCGACGUGUGUUGUGUGAUCGCGUUUCCAUAAAAUAUAGGUAAUGACAUUAUUUUAACGCUCUUGUGCCCGCACUACACCGACUGUUAUUAUCGUAAUCCGUUGCGUAUACCGUUACGUAGUAAUACGUACAAAAACAAGCGCGCAAUUAUGCAAUAGAACAAAAUGAUAGUUAUUUUAUAAAGCGAAUUUAUUACCUUAUAGGGUACUCUUUAUUUUAACAUUAUUCUCGACCUGAUAGCUAGGUACUUAGUACUUACUUUUAUUAUACAAUUCGCGAUUAUCGUCGUUAAUCAAUCGAAAUGUGUUUAACCACAUGAUUCGUUGUCCUCGCAAGAAUUCCCAUCCAUUUUCGAACACGAUCUGACUGAGAAAAAUGGAUGUAUGCUGUUGUGUUAUUGAAGCUCAAACCAGUGGUGGAUCUAGUCAGAUUUAGAAAACUACACGGGUCAUCCAACAUCAAUAGUUUUUAAUUUGACCCGUCAAGAAAAUAAUGUUCUGAAGCUAAGAGAGGUCACUAGUAUUUAAUAGAACUAGAUACCAUAUCUACAACUUUUAAAAUGUAAAUGUGUUAUUAACAAUUUUGCUGAAUCCAAUUUAGUUUGAAACAUUUGGUGAGAAUAAUUCAAUAUGCUGAUCAAGGAAUACCGUAUACCACUCCCACUCAGUGUGGAAGAGUACAGAAUCGCUCAGCUUUAUAUGAUAGCUAAAAAAAGUAGAGAAGAGAGCAAAGGAGCUGAUAGUGGAGUUGAAAUAUUAGUUAAUGAACCUUAUGAAGGUGGCCCUGGUGGUGAUGGAAAUACUGGUGGUGGACAGUAUACAAGAAAAAUUUAUCAUGUUGGAAGCCACUUACCAGGUUGGUUUAAAGGACUAUUACCUAAAUCAGCAUUAUCUGUUGAAGAAGAAGCGUGGAACGCAUAUCCAUACACAAAAACUCGAUAUACUUGUCCAUUUGUAGAAAAAUUUUCAUUAGAAAUUGAAACCUAUUAUUAUCCUGAUAAUGGAUCUCAUGAUAAUGUGUUUAAGAUGUCUCAAAGUGAAGUUCGAAAUGUUUCUGUUGAUAUUAUAGACAUAGUGAAAGACCAAUUAUAUGGAGCAGAUUACAUUAAAGAAGAAGAUCCAAAAUCGUUUGUAAGUGAUAAAACUGGUCGAGGUCCACUGUCAGAAAAUUGGAUAUCAGAAUACUGGAAAGAAUGUCAAAAUAAAAGUAUGCCCACUUCAUCAGGAAAAUCUAUUAUGUGUGCAUACAAAUUGUGUAAAGUAGAAUUUCGUUAUUGGGGUAUGCAAACAAAAAUUGAAAAAUUUAUACAUGAAGUUGCUUUAAGAAAAACUAUGGUUCGGGCUCAUCGUCAAGCAUGGGCAUGGCAAGAUGAAUGGGUAAAUCUAACAAUGGAUGAUAUACGCCAGAUCGAGCGUCAAACUCAAGAAGCUUUGAAACGAAAAAUGGGUAGUAGUAGCAGUGACUCAGAAAUUUGUGAAGGAAAUGAUGCUGUAGAUGAUACAAAAAUUGCAACUAAUUUAGCUGCCACUAUGGGUAGUAUAGAAAAAAGUGAUCUAGAAGUAGCCACACCUGUUACGUCGAAACGAAUGCAAGAUUCAACUCUAUAUUCUCCAGCAUCAUGUGUUUCUAGCAGUUCUGAUACCAUAUCAAGCAGUGUUCAACAAUCAUCAAGCAUGAGAAUACCCGUGAAAAAAAAUUGGAACAAUCCCAAAUCACAAGUACCUUCACCAGGAUCUACUCAAAGUUUUGAUACUGCUCCCAAUUGGAGAAUGGAAAGUUUGAUUCGAGAUUCAGAUUCAGAUCUGAGUAACGAUGAUGAAUUUUUUGAUUGUCAAGAAACUUUACCAACUUCUGAAAUUGUUUCUCUCUCUAAAUGGAGUUCUUUAACAAUACUAAAUGAGCAAGAAUUUGAUUCGUCCAGUAUUCCUGACAAAGAAGAAGAUAGUAUAUUUUCUCCUGUAUAUAAGAAGUCUUCUCCUUUUAUUCAACGUGGUCACAGUGUUGACACAUGUCCAGGUUCACCAAUAAUUAGUAAAGAAAAUAAUUGUCAAAUAAGUACACUUUUAAUGAUAAUACAUUCUGGCAGUGUACUAGAUGCUAAUUCAGAUAUAAUGGCAAAGAAAUCAGAUUUCACUACUUUUAGGGGAGCAUUUGAAUCAGUUAUGCGACAACACUACCCAAAUAUGAUAGGUCAUGUUGCCAUGAGGCUUAUUCCUUGUCCGUCUAUAUGUGCUGAAGGACUUAGCGUAUUAUCAAAGUUAAGCCCUUACAGUUUUGAUGUAUCUCCAUCUGGUAUGGAAUGCACAAAUAUUACACAUGAUUCCGUCCCAAUUGGUGCUAUUCCUAUAUUAGCUGGUUGCUCGCAUGAUUAUAAAGACAUUGUAUCUAAUGUUAUCCGUAUGGCAAAUCAAGUGUAUCGAGAAUUUAUUAAGUCAGAUGAAGGGUUUGGAUUUAAUGGCCGAGUAUAUUUUAUAGGUGAUUCUAUGGGAUCUGUUAUUGGAUAUGAUGCUUUGUGUAGAAGUCCUGAUUCUCAUUCAUCACAUGACGCUAGUAGACAUAGCACUCCAGAACAUGUGCCGAAAAAAAGUGACAAUGAUGAUUGUACUUCAGUAGGUAGUAUGGACUCUUCUUUUAAAGUUUUAGUUACUCCUCCAGUUAGAAGAAGAUCAUCAUCUACGAGUGACAGUAAUGUGUGUUUGGACUUUGAAGUUAACGAAAUGUUUAUGUUUGCAUCUCCAUUGUCACUUGUAUUAGCAUUUAGAAAAAUUUCAGCACAUAAAUAUGAUAAAUCAACUUCAAUUCAACGUCCAGCAUUGCAACAAGUUUACAAUUUAUUUCAUCCGUCUGAUCCUAUCGCAUCUAGAUUAGAACCAUUAAUUUCUGCAAAGUUUUCAAUUCUACCACCCGUUAACAUCCCUCGAUAUCAAAAAUAUCCUCUUGGAACAGGACAGCCAUACUAUUUGUUAGAAGCAGUACAAACAAAUCCUCAAUUGUUUACGGAGCACAAUCAUGCCAGGCGUACAUCUGAAGCAAGUAUUCUGAGUACAGUUUCUGGGAUAGGCGAUACACUUCCAAUCCAAGCAAUAAAUAAAUUGACAAAAAAAUGGUGGGGUUCUAAAAGAUUGGAUUAUGCUUUGUAUUGUCCCGACGGAUUGUCAAAUUUUCCCACAAAUGCUUUGCCUCAUAUAUUUCAUGCUAGCUAUUGGGAAUCAUCUGAUGUCAUUGCAUUUAUUUUAAGACAAUUUGCUAUAUUUGACUAUAACAGUUCAAUUGGAAAUGAGGAAAAAGAACUGGCAACUUUUAGCCCUAGUCAACCUAGAGAAAAAUGGCAACGUAAAACUACUUUCAUUAAAAUAAAAAAUUCUACUGCAAGCCAUCGAGCAAAUGAUGUGAUAAUUCGUGAAGGUUUGCCACAAAUAAUUAGUGCCCGUUUUAUUUAUGGACCGUUUGAUAUGUUUUCAUUGGCUGGGGAAAAAGUUGAUAUUCAUAUAAUUAGAGAACCUGGUAAUGGAGAAUGGACACAUUUAACUACAGAAGAUUCAGAUAAAAAUGGAAGAGUCACCUACACAAUACCUGAAAAUAAAUCUCUUGGAUUUGGAAUAUAUCCUGUUAAAAUGGUUGUUAGAGGAGAUCAUACUAGUGUUGAUUUUCUGUUAGCUAUUGUUCCACCUCAAACUGAAACUGUUGUAUUUAGCAUAGAUGGUUCAUUUUCUGCCAGUGUUUCUGUUACUGGCCGUGACCCAAAAGUUCGACCAGGCGCUGUUGAUAUAGUGAGACACUGGCAAGAAUUAGGGUAUUUAAUAGUUUACAUUACCGGAAGACCAGAUAUGCAACAACAACGUGUUCUAUCAUGGUUGAGUCAACAUAACUUUCCGCAUGGACUAGUUUCAUUUGCCGAUGGUCUUUCUACAGACUUUCUUGCUCACAAAAUCACAUAUCUUAAGAGCCUUGUGCAGGAUCAUAAAAUGAUAAUACAUGCAGCCUAUGGAAGCAGUAAAGAUAUUUCUGUCUACAGUGCAUUAGAUCUGAAACCAAAACAAAUAUUUAUCAUAGGCAAAGUCGGUCGUAAACAUCACUCUAUGGCAACCAUAUUGAGUGAUGGUUAUGCCGCUCAUUUAUCAGCCUUACAGUGUCAUGGAGGAUCUAGACCAGCUCAAGGAAAUGCUCGAAUGCUUUUGACCUCAAGAGGACGCUUUGGACAUAAUGCUUCAAUGAGACGUAGAAGGUGUCCCGAGAAGAGAUCUGGCGAUACACAUGGUUCCAAUAAUUGAUCCAUACUUGACCGCAUAUUAUGGUGCAAGUAAAUGUCAGAUCUGCAAAAAGGACAACAUCGUUUCCAAUUUGUUCGAUGACCCGAUCCACAAGUCGAAACAGAUAUGAUAAUCUUUGAUGUUGUUCUUGGUCGUGUUUUCAACACCAUUCCUCAGAUGGUUCCUGAUGACAGCGGCGUAAAUUAUGUCUGUGUGCAUUUAUUAAAAAAUUUGUUACUGUAUGAUUGUUGUAAGCUGUUAUCAUUAUUAUUGUUUUUGUAGUAAUUGUUGUCUUUUGAAACUAUAAUAUUUCUCACUAUUAAUAUCUCAUUGUCUUUUGUCUUAGGUUCUUUGUAUAUACAUUUUUUGUGUAUUGUUACCAAUCUAGCACAUUCCUAUUUUUUAUUGAUUUUAUUAUUUUCAUUCUCUAAUUGUAAUAUUGUUCAUUAUGUUUUAUAAAUAUUAAUCAUUUCCAUUUUAUUCUUAUUUUUUAAUUGUACUGUUAUAUUUGUACAAAUUUAAUUUUAUUUAAUAUGUCGAGAUCUUGUAUCUUACCAAUCAUCAAAAAGGCUGUGCCGAGGAUAUUGACAAUGUUCAGUACAAAAUCUAGGCUGCUAAUAUUAUUGCCUUUAUAUAUAUAUAUGUAUUAUUUUUAAAAUUAUUGUUUCUGACAUUUUGUUUAAUAUUUAAAUUUUAACUUCUUAUCUUGAUUGAUUCAUUUAAAAUCAAUAUUAAACUCCUUUAAAGUCAUAUUUUCUAGUCAAAUGUUGAUCAAACAAAAUUCUCUAUUUUUUUAAUAAAAAAAAAGAAUACAAAAACAAAAAUACUCAAGUGUAAAUAUUUUUUUCAUUAGCUUUAAGUUAUUAUUAUUAUUACUAUUAUUAUUAGUAAAUGGAAGAUAUU